AUGAAAUCAGACACAAAAACUGUGCAGGACCACCCACGAGCCUUCCACCCCCCACCCACCCCAGCAGCGUUCCCACCACUGACAUUCAUGUCCCAAACAUCACUAGUCCCUAACUCCAAAAUGGCGGAUGCCAUGCGCCAGUCGCCAAGCAUGGAGAUAUGUGGAAAAUCGCUAAACGACACUCUGACUAAGCUGGAUGCAAUUCUUUCUGCCUUCUGGGCAAGGAUUGCAGAGAGGGCACUGAACACGGCUAAAGCUACAUGGACUAUUCCUGCACCCACACCACAGGCACUCCCGGGCCCCAAGGGCAGACGCAAAAUGAUAGCCACCAGAGGCCUCCCAAAGAGGCACCGAAAACGGGACCGUCGGCACAAGCAGAAACUUAGAGCCUACCCCAUAACAAGCACCCACCUGCACUGUAAGCCGCAACAACCCCACAGCAGACCAGUGGCACCAUGUCCUCCAGGACAAUGCCGAUCAUCUGACAGGGAACAGCUUCACCACCAGAACUCAGAUACCUCCCGGGGCUCCCGGGGACUGCAUCUGGCAACUGGAAGGGAUCAGAUGAGCACAGGCUGGAGAUCGGAGCCUGUCAGGCAUGUUUCGCUAUAGCCGGACUUUCACAUCAUGCCUUCUAUCAUAAGAACUGAUCUCUGAACGUUAGCUAAGCAUAGAGUAACAGUUGUUCUUAAAAUGUCUUUAUUUUACCUCUCGCAGAGUUUACUGCUGUAGAGCCUUACUUGUGUCCACUCUAAUAGCACAUGCAAUAUUUUAUUAGCCAGUCCCCACUAAAGGGGGAACUUAAGCUUGUAAAAAUUAACAGUGAAACUGCUGGUAUUUCCCUGUAAUCAACAACGUGUACCCAACACUUUAAACAUAAAAGCUGUCUUUUUUUACCAAUGCAAUGC